AUGGCGACCAAAUUUCAGACCUCCUGCGGCUGCAUUGUGCUGCUGGUGCUUGUGGUUGCUUCAUUUCCUCACAUGGGAUCUACAACCGAUCUUAACUCCACCAUCGUCCUCCCUGGACAGCACCCAAGCCCUGAUUUAGUCGCCCAUGAGCUUCACAGAAAAGUACAUGCCUCCAUUUCUCGACGUAACAUGUUGUCCUACACCACCAACACCGCCGACUGCCUCACCGGCAACCCCAUCGACGACUGCUGGCGGUGCGACCCCAACUGGCACCUCAACCGCCAGCGCCUCGCCGACUGCGCCAUCGGGUUCGGCCAAUACGCCCUCGGCGGAAAGGGCGGCCGCUACUACGUCGUCACCGAUUCCUCCGACCACGACCCUGUCAAUCCCCGGCCGGGGACCCUCCGGUACGCCGUCAUCCAAACAGAGCCUCUCUGGAUUGUCUUCGCUGCCAACAUGCUCAUCCAGCUCUCCCAGGAGCUCAUCUUCAACUCCUACAAGACCCUCGAUGGCCGCGGCGCCAAUGUCCAUAUCAUUGGCGGCGGCUGCAUAACCCUGCAGUACAUCAACAAUGUCAUCAUCCAUAAUGUACAUAUCCACCAUUGUUACCAGUCCGGCGAGACCAACAUCCGGUCGAGCCCCACGCAUUUCGGGUGGAGGACAAAGUCUGACGGUGACGGCAUUUCCAUUUUCGGCUCCCGGGACAUUUGGAUCGAUCACUGCUCCCUUUCGCAUUGCAAGGACGGCUUGAUCGAUGCCGUGAUGGGAUCGACAGGGAUCACCAUAUCCAACAACCAUUUCUCCCAUCACAAUGAGGUGAUGCUGUUGGGCCACAGCGACGACUUCUUGCCGGACUCCGGGAUGCAGGUCACCAUAUCCUUCAACCAUUUCGGGCAGAAGCUGAUCCAGAGGAUGCCCCGGUGCCGCCGGGGGUAUAUCCAUGUUGUGAACAAUGAUUUCACCAGGUGGGAGAUGUAUGCCAUUGGAGGGAGUGGGAAUCCCACCAUUAAUAGCCAGGGGAAUCGGUACAUUGCGCCGUAUGACCGCAAUGCAAAGGAAGUGACGAAGAGGGUCGACACUGCUGAGGAGAAGUGGCGGGGAUGGAACUGGAGGAGCGAUGGCGACGUACUGGUGAACGGAGCGUUCUUUGUGGCGUCAGGUCAGGGUGUGGAAGUGAAGUAUGAGAAGGCCUACAGCGUCGAGCCUAAGUCUGCCGAGUAUAUCGAUCAAUUGACUCUCAAUGCCGGCGUUCUAGGCAACAGGAGGAAUAAUUUGGGGAAAUGGACAUCUGGGAGCAAUGAGUCUGGUGGAUAUAUGGAUGCAAAUUCGGGGAUAUUCGAGGACUACGACGAUGAGUAUGGAGGGAGUGAGAUGUCUUACUCUGUUAAUUGUGUUCUUGUGGUCUGUUUGAUGGCCCUUUUAGUUCUUUAG